AUGAAUUGUUUACUCUACUUAUAUCACGAUGAUAAACUUCGUACAGAAUACAGUCCAAAUCAGUACAAAAAAAUAAUAUCAAAACGAAACGAUAUAAUUUGGGCAUUAUGUCGUACUUAUUUUGAGCAUGUAUUUAAAUAUGAUAAGACAAAUAGAAAAACGAUAACAAUAACCGAGCCUGUGUCAUCCUCGACCAAAAAUAAAACAUCAAAAUUUUCAGAAAAAAAAUUGAUGCACCAAAUAACAUUAGUUCUGUUUUGUGGAAAUAGCCAGCAAAUGUCGGAUGAGUAUUUGGACAUACAAGAUUUGCAUCAUUACACGCAUUAUAUGAAACACAAAGAGAGUUUAUCAUACGAGGUACUAAAUGAUAGGCUUAGAAGCUUAUCAGAAACAUAUGAAUCAUCUGGUUUAACACGUGCAAGUGUCGUUGUUCUUGAUCUAGACGAUACUUUGAUAGACGAUUCAAUUAGAUCUCGUUCACGGCAACUGAUCGAUCAGUUAAAUGAAUUCAAACGUAUAUUUAAUUACGUUGUGUUAUGGUCUCACGGUACAUCUGAGCAUGUGCGCGAUUCUUUAAGAACCGUGAAAAUACCGGAAAACUUUUUUGAUGUAACUAUCACAAGACCGACCUUGCAAUCGUGUGGUUCGAAUAAAGGCAUAGGAAUUGUAAUGGCUGAAUUGUAUACGAGAUAUCAAGUACGUGAACUUACGUUUUCAUGCAUUGUUGACGAUUUGCCAAGCAAUUUUACUGACGAUUACAUGCUUUAUGUUAAUGUUCCGGGGAAGAGUAAAGUUGAAGACUUGACCCAGUUUUAUACGUGGGCAUUGAAGGAAAUUACAAAAAUUAAAGAUUAUUGUGAAUCUCAUGAUGGUAAUUCGUAUAUUAGUACAUUAAAUUGGUAA